AUGGAUCCUGAUACUUGCGCUGCUAAGGGUGGAAUUUCUCAAUCAGAACUUUGUAUUGGUAUUAAAAAUGCUCAAUGUUGUUCAUGUCCGACUUGCAUGGAUGUAGCAAGUUGCUUAGCUAACGAUGGAGUACCCUAUGAUGGUCUUUGUCCUAAUGCAACAAAGCUUCAAUGUUGCAAUAUGAGAUCUACUUCAAUAUCUGUUCGUGGUACAACACUAACUCAUAGAAUGUUAACAGAUUUAGCUGAUAUUCUUCGUGGUGCUGGUCUGACUGUUGUCGAAAUUGACGGUUGGAAGACACGUGGUCAUGGUAAGAUGAAUUCUGUCAAAAGUAUCCUUAUUCAUCAUACAGCAGGUCCAGCUACCGGUGAUUUUCCUUCAUUGGAAGUUGUUCGCGAUGGUCGAUCAGAUCUUGUUGGUCCACUUGCACAGCUUGGAUUAGGUCGUACUGGUACAUGGUAUGUCAUUGCAGCAGGUCGUUGUUAUCAUGCUGGUAAAACGAUUGAUGACUCUAUUUUCGGAAACUCAAAUGCUAUUGGUAUUGAAGCUGAAGGGACAGAUAUUCCAUCAACGGAUACUGGACAUGCAUAUUGGCCAGAAAUACAAUAUCAAAGCUAUGUGCAAGGUGUCAAAGCUCUUCAAAUAGCCUAUGAUAUGCCAACUUCACAUGUAUUAGGACACAAGGAGGCAGCUGUACCUACUGGACGCAAACAGGAUCCUAACUUCUCUAUGGAUGAAUUUCGCGCAGCUCUUGAUUAA